AAAAGGAAAGAUCUGAGGAAGAAGAAGAAAAGCACCAAAGUCCAAAACCGCCACCCUUCUCCUUCGCGCGCUCCCUAUAAAUUACCUUCCUCUCGUCACCUCCCCUCCUGCCAUCAGUUCACCACACAGCCGCCGCAGGCGUUUACCACCCUCCGACAAGACCCCAAGAACUCGCCAACCCAAGCCACCCUUCCCGCCGCCACAAUGUUGGCCGCCGCCGCCGCCUCUGUCAAGCCGUCCGCGGCCUUGUCCGCGGCCGCCACGUCCAAGCCGGCCUUCAAGCCCCUCCACCUCCCUCCCCUCCCCGCCGCUGCCAGCCCCCGGCCGCUCUCCCUCUCAGUCUCCGCGCGGCCCCUGUACCGCCAGGAGCCGUUCUUGACCGCGGCGGCCCGCAGCGAUCGCGCCGCGUCCCCCUCGCCGCCGGCUGCCACCGCGGACGGCGCGCGGCCGGUGGAGGCAGCGCCGGCACCCGCAGAGACAGCGAGGCGUGCCAGGAUCGGGGUGUACUUCGCGACGUGGUGGGCGCUGAACGUGAUCUUCAACAUCUACAACAAGAAGGUGCUCAACGCGUUCCCCUACCCGUGGCUCACGUCGACGCUGUCGCUCACCGCCGGCUCCGCCAUCAUGCUCGCGUCUUGGGCCGCCAGGAUCGCCGAGGCGCCCAAGACGGACCUAGAUUUCUGGAAGGCGCUGUCUCCGGUGGCGAUCGCGCACACGAUCGGGCACGUUGCCGCGACGGUGAGCAUGGCGAAGGUGGCCGUGUCGUUCACGCACAUCAUCAAGAGCGGGGAGCCGGCAUUCAGCGUGCUCGUCUCCAGGUUCCUCCUCGGCGAGCACUUUCCGGCGCCGGUCUACUUCUCCCUCCUCCCGAUCAUCGGUGGAUGCGCACUCGCCGCCGUCACCGAGCUCAAUUUCAACAUGACUGGAUUCAUGGGGGCAAUGAUAUCAAACCUCGCAUUCGUCUUCCGGAACAUUUUCUCGAAGAAGGGGAUGAAGGGCAAGUCGGUCAGCGGAAUGAACUACUACGCCUGCCUCUCCAUGCUGUCCCUGGUGAUCCUCCUCCCCUUCGCCUUCGCCAUGGAGGGACCCAAGGUGUGGGCUGCAGGCUGGCACAAAGCAGUCGCCGAGAUCGGUCCCAACUUCGUCUGGUGGGUGGCGGCGCAAAGUGUGUUCUACCACUUGUACAACCAAGUGUCUUACAUGUCGUUGGAUGAGAUCUCGCCGCUGACAUUCAGCAUCGGCAACACCAUGAAGAGGAUUUCUGUCAUUGUCUCGUCCAUCAUUAUCUUCCACACCCCGGUCCAACCCAUCAACGCGCUCGGAGCCGCCAUUGCCAUUCUUGGAACUUUCAUCUACUCCCAGGCAAAGCAGUAAGGCCUCGACAUGGAAACGGUCUCAGUUCACCGCAAAUCGAUUCUGUGCUCGAACAUAACCAGUUAUGACUUGAGAGAGUAUCUAAGGACUCCUUGCAUAAUAUAUUAGAUCCUUUUUUGUAUUGUCUUUCUAGGUCAAGCUUCCAGUGCUCCUGAAUCCCUCAUUCUUUGUGCUUUUAAUUUGUGUUGAACUAUUGACGAUGUAGAGAGAGAUGGAUCCAUCUAAAUAAAGUUGCAAGAUUUUUGCUCGA